CCUAUUGACGGUAGUAAUAACAAGUUUGAAAUAAAUGAUGUUAUACCUGUAGAAAUUUUUGGGAAACUCUGUGAGUUAAAAAGAAAAAAUGGAUAUGAUCUUGGCAGGCAUAUAGGAAACUUUCACGAAUCUUCAGCCGCCGAAGAAAUUCCUCUUUUCUCUGAGAAUGCAGCUUCUUUUCGCGAUUCACUCGAAUCUUCAGCCGUCGAAGAAAUUCUUAUUUUUUCUGAGGAUGCAACUGCUUUUCGCGAUUCACUCGAAUCUUCAGCCGUCGAAGAAAUUCUUAUUUUCUCUGAGGAUGCAGCUGCUUUUCGCGAUUCACACGAACCUCCUAACCCGAAUCCCGUUGACUCCGAGCAUGUAUUCGUUACGCACGAAUCUCACGAAUUACUUAACACGAAUCCCGAGCAUUCAUCUACUACAGACGAAUUCCAAGAAUUCAUUGAUUAUCCAAACACGAUCAUCGAAUAUGAAUCCAUCAACCAG